CCUUAGCUGGCUCCUGCCUACGCCCGGCGGGGCCCUUCGGCUACCCAGCUACUCGGGGUCGCAUGUUUCCUCUUCCCAUUUACCCAGGCCGUUCCUUUCCCUCAUUUCUUCGUCUCCUUUCCCGGGCUUCCCCCGCGCUGUAUUCUCCGCCUCCGCGUCCUCCGCCCCUCCUUCCAACGGCUCCGCCCCUCCGAGCCCGGGUUUUCCACCGGGCUAGGCAGUUUCUCCUCAGCCCCCCUGUGGACCGCGCGUCGGCGCCGGCGUCUCAGUCAGCCGAGCUCGCCUCAGAGCCCGGCUCCUUCCCCUCAGCGCUUGACCGGAGCCCGCGCGGUUCCCCUCAGCGCGCGUGGUCCCCUCAGGGCUCCCGGUUCUCGCAGUUCAGCAAGUGAGGCAGAACGGGUAGUCCCUGGGUUCCCCCCGAGUGUGCGACUCCUUUUCCAAAGUCUUUUCCUGCUGUGGCUUUCGCGGGACUCUGCGAGCUGGGUCGCUUAGAUUCACGAGUGCUCGGGAGGUUCCUCGUCGGGCCCCGGACCGGAGAAUACGUUAGUUUUGAAAACUAAGUGAAAUUGGCCACAGAAAAUCGAGAGCCUCGGUUACAACCGACUUAUCCUGCAAAUUGGUAGAGGAACGGUGGUACCUGAACCCUUCAGUACUGAGUCGUUUACUCUGGAUGUUUACAGGUACAAGGAUUCCUUGAAAGAAGACAUCCAGAAAGCAGAUCUUGUUAUUAGUCACGCAGGUGCAGGAAGCUGUUUGGAGGCUCUGGAAAAAGGAAAGCCACUCGUAGUGGUCAUAAACGAAAAGUUGAUGAACAAUCAUCAGCUGGAACUGGCAAAGCAGCUACACAAAGAGGGUCAUCUCUUUUAUUGUACCUGCAGGGUCCUGACUUGUCCUGGGCAAGCCAAGUCCAUUGCUUCUGCUCCUGGGAAGUGCCAAGAUUCUGCAGCGCUGACUUCAACUGCCUUCUCAGGCCUAGACUUUGGGCUGCUUUCCGGAUACCUGCAUAAGCAAGCCCUUGUUACUGCUACCCAUCCUACCUGCACCCUGCUUUUUCCCUCUUGCCACACUUUUUUUCCUCUCCCUCUCACCCCCACCCUGUACAAAAUGCAUAAAGGAUGGAAAAACUACUGCAGCCAGAAGUCUUUGAAUGAGGCAUCAAUGGAUGAAUAUUUAGGCAGCUUAGGGCUGUUUCGAAAGCUGACUGCCAAGGAUGCCUCUUGCCUCUUUCGGGCUAUUUCGGAGCAGUUGUUUUGCAGCCAGGUCCAUCAUUUGGAAAUCAGGAAGGCUUGUGUCUCAUAUAUGAGGGAAAAUCAACAAACUUUUGAGUCUUAUGUGGAGGGAUCUUUUGAGAAAUACCUGGAACGGUUGGGAGAUCCCAAGGAAAGUGCUGGCCAGCUGGAAAUAAGAGCUCUUUCUCUAAUUUAUAAUCGGGAUUUCAUUCUUUAUCGCUUUCCUGGAAAACCUCCAACUUAUGUCACAGAUAAUGGCUAUGAAGACAAGAUUCUACUCUGCUAUUCAAAUAGUGGUCACUACGAUUCUGUGUACUCAAAACAAUUUCAGUCAAGUGCAGCUGUUUGUCAGGCUGUAUUGUAUGAAAUUCUCUAUAAAGAUGUGUUUGUUGUGGAUGAAGAGGAGUUGAAAACUGCGAUUAAAUUGUUUCGAAGUGGUUCUAAGAAGAACAGAAAUAAUGCUGUGACUGGAAGUGAGGAUGUCCAUACUGAUUACAAGAGUUCAAAUCAGAAUAGGAUGGAAGAGUGGGGUGCCUGCUACAAUGCUGAAAAUAUACCAGAGAGCUACAAUAAAGGAACAGAAGAAACAAAGUCUCCAGAAAAUCCAUCAAAGAUGCCCUUCCCCUAUAAGGUGCUCAAAGCCCUGGAUCCGGAAAUCUAUCGUAAUGUAGAGUUUGAUGUUUGGUUGGACAGCAGAAAAGAACUUCAAAAAUCUGAUUACAUGGAGUAUGCUGGGAGACAGUACUAUUUGGGAGACAAGUGUCAGGUUUGCUUGGAAUCAGAUGGAAGAUAUUAUAAUGCUCAUAUCCAGGAAGUUGGAAAUGAGAACAAUUCAGUAACAGUCUUCAUUGAAGAAUUGGCAGAAAAGCAUGUUGUUCCACUGGCUAACUUAAAACCAGUUACCCAAGUGAUGCCUGUUCCUGCCUGGAAUGCUAUGCCCAGUCGGAAAGGAAGAGGUUAUCAGAAAAUGCCUGGGGGAUAUGUCCCAGAAAUAGUUAUAUCAGAGAUGGACAUAAAGCAACAGAAGAAGAUGUUCAAGAAAAUUCGAGGAAAAGAAGUUUACAUGACUAUGGCUUAUGGCAAGGGAGAACCUCUCCUCCCACCCAGGCUACAACACAGUAUGCAUUAUGGGCAUGAUCCUCCAAUGCACUACUCACAGACAGCUGGCAAUGUUAUGUCUAAUGAACAUUUUCAUCCUCAACAUCCAUCUCCGAGACAAGGUCGGGGAUAUGGGAUGCCCAGGAAUUCAUCUCGGUUUAUAAACAGGCACAACAUGCCGGGCCCUAAAGUUGAUUUUUACCCAGGCCCAGGUAAAAGGUGCUGCCAGAGCUAUGAUAACUUCUCUUAUAGAUCUCGUUCAUUUAGACGUAGUCACCGCCAGAUGAGUUGUAUGAACAAGGAGUCCCAGUAUGGAUUUGCCCCAGGGAAUGGACAGAUGCCCAGGGGCUUAGAAGAAACUAUUACUUUUUAUGAAGUUGAAGAAGGGGAUGAGACUGCUUAUCCAGCUUUACCUAAUCAUGGAGGUCCCUCUACAAUGGUUCCUGCUACUUCAGGAUACUGUGUUGGAAGGCGGGGACAUAGCUCAGGCAAACAGACUUUGAAUUUAGAGGAGGGCAAUGGCCAGAGUGAAAAUGGGGGAUAUCAUGAAGAAUAUCUUUAUCGUGCAGAGCCAGACUAUGAAACUUCAGGUGUUUAUAGCACAACUGCAUCUACAGCAAACUUGGGGCUUUGGCUAUACUUGAACACAGACUUUGGAAUUGUCCAUGUUAAGUGGGGCUCACCUUUUCACAGUAAGGACACAGUUACCUCGUACAACUACCCCCAGAAGGUGAUGGGAAAUAUUGCAGCAGUUGCAGCUUCCUGUGCCAAUAAUGUUCCAGCUCCAGUCUUAUCUAAUGGUGCAGCAGCUAAUCAAGCUGUUAGUACUACUUCAGUUUCCUCACAGAAUGCUAUACAGCCUCUAUUUGUAUCUCCACCUACACACGGCAGGCCAGUGAUUGCCUCACCAUCCUAUCCAUGCCAUUCUGCUCCUAUUCCUCAUGCUGGUGCCUCUCUACCACCACCACCACCACCACCACCACCACCACCACCACCACCACCACCACCACCACCACCUCCUCCUCCUCCUCCUCCUCUUGAUGUGGGAGAGGCUUCAAACUUACAACCACCACCACCACUACCACCUCCACCUUAUUCCUGUGAUCCAAGUGGCAGUGAUUUGCCUCAAGAUACAAAAGUUUUGCAGUACUAUUUCAAUCUAGGAUUACAGUGCUAUUACCACAACUACUGGCACUCCAUGGUCUAUGUGCCACAGAUGCAGCAGCAGCUUCAUGUAGAGAAUUAUCCAGUCUAUACUGAGCCACCUCUGGUAGAUCCAGCCAUUCCUCAAUUUUACAGUGAGGUGAGGAGAGAAGAUGGCACACAGGCGGAAGCAUCAGCAAAUGAUACUUUUCCGAAUGCUGAUCCUUCAUCUGUCCCUCAUGGAGCAGUCUAUUAUCCAGUAAUGUCAGAUCCCUAUGGGCAGCCACCUUUGCCAGGUUUUGACUCCUGCCUCCCAGUUGUGCCAGAUUAUUCCUGUGUUCCCCCCUGGCAUCCAGUUGGUACAGCAUAUGGUGGUUCUUCUCAAAUUCAUGGUGCUAUAAAUCCUGGGCCAAUUGGCUAUCUUGCUCCAUCUCCCCCAGCUUCUCACUAUGUACCUCAGGGUAUGUAAGAUCCAGCAGUAUGAAGUAUUCUUGCACUGCCAUUUUCUUGCUGUUUUUGUUUUUAGAAAGUUUUUUAUGUUAGUGGUUAAAUGAUUUAGGUGAUUAGUGUUUACUAUUGUAUUUGUCUUUAAAAUUAUUUUACCUUUUGAUUUAAAAUAGUACUUUAAAAUAAAGGGAUAUUAUUUUGGGCUGUGACUAAGGAAAUUGAGAUGGAUGUACAACUAGCCCCAUAUUGAGCAUACUUCAUUGUAUUCAGCUGUUUUCCUGUCAGCCAUUUGUCAGCUUUAUAUUAGCUGAUGGUACCAAUUGAUAAAAUGAAUAUAAAGUAUUUCAUUGGUUCAGAGAUCACACAUCAUAUUAAACCAUGCAGAAUUGGAAUAACUUGAACUUUUUUCUAGAAAGUAAAACCAAGAGCCUUUGCUUCUGGGUAACUCACUUAAUAUUAAAUUAAAGAGCUCUUCAGGUUUCUUGAGAAUUGUCUGAAGCCAGUUGCAUUCUGUGAUAUCAGUUUUGAAGGCACAUGGUUCUCUGCUUUAGAUUUAUCCCAUACGCUAUUGUUUAAUACUGGAUGUAUGUAAGUGUUUUACUGCACUGUAUUGAAUUGGUGUCUUUUGCACAGUUAGCAGUAAAUAAAAAAUAGCAUUUAAAAUUGCCAAAA